AUUAAUUAGACGAAAUAUCAUUAUAAGAAAAGAAAAAGUUUAAAGAUGUAACUGUAAGGAACAUAGCGAAUUUUAUACAUGAUUCCCCUCCAGAAAAAAUUAAAAGUUCAAACUAUGUAGUUAUGGUUUCUUUAGACUAUGAUAACGGUUCUUCCCAUGAUUGCCAUUGCCAAAGCUACUCUUGGACCAUUCAUACUUCAGAAAGCAAACAUUUGCAAGAAAUCUCUUCAUACAACCAUUAUAAGCAAAGCAACCCCAACUCCCCUCUGACAGUCCCACUUACUCACCAACACAAAAUCUUUCGCAAAAGGCCGGAAACUGCAUGCCUAUAUGCUCACGUGUGGGAAUCUUCAAAACAAUACCUAUCUCAGCUCCAAGCUUGCUGCAUUUUAUGGUGCUUGAGGUCGCAUGACACAAGCCUAAGUGAUAUUCAAUGGGGUUGCUUUGAAAAAUUCUUUCCUGUGGAAUUUUAUGAUUAGAGGUUAUGCUUCUGAUGGCGUGUGGUGAUCUGGGUCUUUGUGAAAUGGAAAUGGAAAUUCAUUGUCAGGUGGAGGUUUGUGUGUGGGACUCAGAUAAUGUGAACAAUUCUCUUGUAGCAAAAAAGAUGUUUGAUAAAAUGCCUGUGAGCGAUUUAACUUCUUGGAAUACUAUGAUUUCAGGUUACGUGAGGAAUAACAACGCCAUGGAAGCUUUAACGAUUAUGUAUCUAACGGGGAAGUCUGAGUUGAAAGCAGAUGGGACUACUUUGCUUGCCCUCCUCACUAGCUUGGCUGCAAUUAAGCAGGGGAAGGAAAUCCAUUGUUAUGCUGUACGCAAUAAUUAUUGUACUUUGAAUGACUUCUUGAUGAACUCGCUGAUUGAUAUGUACUCAAAUUGCAGUUCUGUUGCUGCCGCUAGGCAAUUAUUCGAGGAGUUGAAAACUAAAGAUACUGUAUCGUGGAAUUCUAUAAUUUCCUGCUAUCAACAUAGUGGAGAUGCUUUUGAAAGUUUAAGACUUUUCUAUCAAACGCUAAUUGAAGACACAGCAGCUUCAGAUGAGAUAACUAUCGUUUCCGUCCUUGGUGCUUGUGAAAAGAUUACAGCCUUGCAAUUUGGGAAGUCAGUCCAUUCAUAUUUAACUAAAAUAGGGCUUUUCUUAAAUUCCUUUUUAGGGACUGCCUUUAUAGACAUGUAGGGUAAAUGUGGAGAAUUAUUUUGAUCUCAUCAUGUAUUUUGUGAGAUGACUCAGAAGAAUAUGGUUGCUUGGAGUGCUAUGAUUGCAGCUUAUGGAAUUCAUGGGCGGGGAAAAGAGGCUGUAUCCCUUCAAUUAAAUGACGGAAAAUGGCAUUAGUCCAGAUGAGGGUGUUCUCACUUCUGUUCUAUCGGCAUGUAGCCUUUCGGGUUUGGUUGAUGAGGGAAAUUUUUUUUCAAUGAAAUGACCAAUAAGUUCAAUAUCAAACCGGGAUCUGCUCAUUACUUAUGUUUGGUGGAUCUUUUUGGCAGAGCAGGCGUACUGAAUGAAGCAUACGAACUGGUAAAGCACAUGGAAGUGGAACCUUGAAGAAGCGAGCGAUACAAAGCAUCAACCUACGGAAAAAGAACUCUCUCCAUACUUUCAUCCUUUAUAUUAGCCGACCUCUUAAUUCUGCUGAUAUAUGAGCUGCACUCCUUUCUGCUUGCAGGCUUCAUUGAAAUGUUGAGUUGGCAGAAAUUUCAGCUCAAAAUAUUUUCAGAACAAAUCCAUCAAGGGUUAGUAGCUACGUUUAUCUUUCCAAUAUUUAUGCUGCUACGAAACAAUGGACUGGUGUGGAAAAGGUGAGCUAAAAUGAGGAAACGUGGAUUGAAAAAACCAGCGGGCUACAGCUUAAUUGAGCUUGAUAGCCAGGUUCAUAUGUUCUUUGUUGGAGACAAGUCACACCAACAGACAAAAGAUAUAUAUGACAACUGAAGGAUAUAAGUUGGCGACUCAAGGAGAAAGGGUACAAGCCCGAUACUAGUCCAGUGUUAUAUGAUGUUGAUGAAGAACAAAAAGAGAAGAUGCUCUGGAUCAUAGUGAUAGAUUGGCAAUUGCUUUUGCUCUUCUAAAUACCCCUCCAGGGACCAAAAUUAGGAUAACUAAGAAUCUUCGAGUAUGUGCAGAUUGCCACAUGGUAACAAAAUUAACGUCAAAACUCAUGGAUUGAGAAAUAGUCAUGCGUGAUAAACAUAGGUUUCACCAUUUUAAAGGUGGAAUUUGUUCUCGUGGUGUUUUUUGGUAAUUAUUACUGCAUAACUUUGUUUCAUAUCAAAUUUAUUCAAUAACAAGAGAGAUGAUAUUUCUUAUA